ACUGAUUCAGUGAAAUUUUCUGAACAUGGCAAGUCUUUCUCUAGGAGUGUUGAACAUGUCUAUAGUUAUCCCACAGAUGUUCAUAUCUGUAGUUAGUGUGCCUUUGGAUGAUGCAUUCGGGGGAGGCAACUUGCCGGUCUUUGUGUUCGGGUCGAUAACGGCUGCCGUCAGUGCAUUGUUGGAGGUACUGGCGUUGCCGAACCCGCCGAAACAAGUGUCCCUCUCGCCGGGAAUGGAUGGUGGCCAUUAGUA